AUGGCCGUGACUGUGACCCGAACCACGGUGACCACCACCACCACGUCCUCUUCCGGCCUGGGCUCCCCCUACGUGGUGGGCUCUCCUCGGGCACUGACGUCGAAGCUGGGCCUCCUGCGCCUGCUGCAGCUGGUGUCCACCUGCGUGGCCUUCUCCUUGGUGGUCCACGUGGGGGCCUGGGAUGGCGUCAUGGGCCACUGGGCCAUGUUUGCCUGGUGUUUCUGCUUCGCCAUGACGCUGGUGAUCCUGGUGGUCGAGGUGGGCGGCUUCCAGCCCCGAUUCCCGCUCUCCUGGCGUAACUUCCCCAUCGCGUACGCCUGCUACGCCACCCUGCUCUGCCUCUCGGCCUCCAUCAUCUACCCCACCACCUACGUGCAGUUCAUGGGCGAGGGCCAGAGGCGGGACCACGCCAUCGCCGCCACCUUCUUCUCCUGCGUGGCCACCGUCGCCUAUGCUGUCGAGGUGGCCUGGACCCGAGCGCGGCCGGGGGAGGUCACGGGCUACAUGGCCACCGUGCCCGGCCUCCUCAAGGUCUUCGAGACGUUCGUGGCCUGCAUCAUCUUUGCCUUCGCCAGCGACCCGCCCAUCUACCGGCGCCACUCGGCCCUCGAGUGGUGCCUGGCCGUCUACUGCAUCUGCUUCAUCCUGUCCGCCGUGGCCAUCCUGCUGAGCCUGGGCGACUGCACCGGCCAGCUGCCCAUCUCCUUCCCCAGCUUCCUGACCGGCCUGGCCGUCCUGGCGGUGGCCCUCUACGCCUCGGCCCUGGUGCUCUGGCCGCUCUAUCAGUUUGAUGACCGCAAGGGCGGCCGGCCCCGGAGGCGGGACGACUCGGGCUGCCCUCGGCACCACGCCUUCACCGUGUGCGACUGGGACCGGCGGCUCACCGUGGCCAUCCUCACGGCCAUCAACUUCCUGGCCUAUGUGGCUGACCUGGUGUACUCGGCCCGGCUGGUCUUCAUCAGGGUGUGAGAGCCUGGGCCUCCCCGGCCUGCUCCCCUCCCUUCCGUCCCCCUCUCGGUCCCCGUCCCUGCUUCGCUCGCCGCCCGUUUGUCCUCC